CCUCCUUUCCUGCACUCUCCCAUUCGGUCUACAUCAGUCUUCAUGGUUCUGAUCUCACCCCACACCAUGCAAGCCACCCGGGCGUCCACCACCGUCAGUGUGUUUGCGGACUGCAGCAUCCCGGCCGGGCUCCGGAUAGGACCAGUACCAGGCAUCUUCAAACUCGGGAAGUACGUGUCAGACCGUAAGGAAGUUGGACCCAAGAAGAAGGUCCGCUUGGUACGAGGAGAGGUCGUGGAUGAGUCGGGCUGUCCCGUGCCAGACUGGAUCGGACUGAUCCGCGCUGCUAGGAACAGUCAAGAGCAGAACCUGGAAGCUGUGUCGGACCUACCUGGCGGACAGAUUUUCUACCGCGUGCUGAGAGAAAUCCCUUCAGGAGAAGAGCUCAAUGUUUGGUACUCCAACACUCUAGCCCAGUGGUACGACAUCCCCACCACGGCCACUCCCACACACGACGAGAAAGGUGAAGAGCGUUACAUCUGCUGGUACUGCUGGAGAAUAUUCAAAUACCCCAACACACUCAAGGCCCACGUCCACUUCCACUGCGCCCUGAGCAACGGGCGGGGAUUUGUGAACAGCGAGCAGGCCAGAGGCACAGAGACCUUCAGCAGGUCACCAAAGUCUGGAGACAUUCCCAACACUUCCACCUCUCCGAGGAGCGGCCACAGCAACUCCUCCAUCUCAGACUCUGUCAGGCGGGCCGUGUCCUCCUCGCCGUUUCUACACAAAGUGGGACUGUCAAAGAAAAGCAGCUCAGAGGAGCAGGACAGGGCCCUCGACAUGAGCGUUACCUCAGCCAGAAACCAAGGACACAUCCUCGGCCUCGGCGCCACAUCCUCAGUGCUGAGCAGCAUGGGCUUCCACCCGGGUGUGCGCUCUGCCUUCAAGCCAACCGGCAUCUCCAAAGUCCCGGGCGCGGAAGCCUCCAGAGAGGAUGCAAACGGGAAGCUGAGCGGCCUGGGGUUCGGAAAGCUCAUUGGAAACAUGAAACCGACCCGUAACGUAGGCGAGGCUUUAAAUGGAGGAGGGAACCACCCUCCCAAGUGCACACCUGCAAUUAUGGACUCUGCAUCUCAAAUGGUACCGUGCACAAACGCUAUCCGUGGUUUCCCGCUGCUGCCUCACGUGGAGGAGAGUUCAGCUUUCAAGCACGUAGAAAGCCGGCUGCACUCCGGCCUGUCCCCGUCCCGCUACCCUCAGAUGCCCCCUGGUCUCCAUUUUGAGAGGUUUUCGCUCCCUCACUUCGACGGGAUCAAGGCUUACGGUGGAGACUGUAACAUACCACUCAUGCCCCUCACUGUGUAUAACGGGGAGCUUCUGUACAGCUCUCCUUACUAUCCGCUCAAAUUCCACUUCAGCAACCUCCUCAAAUACCCAGAGUCCAUGUCCUACUUCGGUGCGCCCUCACUGAACCAUGACCUGGGUUCAAUCGCCAACAUCGACCGGGAGAUCGCCAUGCACACGCAACAGCUGUCUGAAAUCGCCGCGGAGAAGAACCGUACGAGGCUGGACUCAAUGCCCGCCGGGAGCGCCAGCAACACCGGGUCUGGCAAACCCAAAAAGGGACACCUGUGUCUGUACUGCGGCAAGCUGUACUCGAGGAAAUACGGCCUGAAAAUCCACAUGAGGACUCACACAGGUUACAAGCCGCUUAAGUGCAAAGUGUGCUUCAGGCCGUUUGGAGACCCCAGCAACCUGAACAAGCACAUCCGGCUCCACGCGGAGGGAAACACGCCCUACAGGUGCGACUUCUGCGGCAAGGUGCUGGUGCGGAGGCGCGACCUGGAGAGGCACGUCAAGUCCAGACACCCCGGGCAGACCGUCAAGAAACUGGAGGACAAACCGGGUGCCCUGUUCGAGGACGCGGAGCACAAGAGCGACAAUGACAGUGAUGUGGACGUGUGCUUCACCGACGACCAGAGCGACCAAGAAGAGUCGAGCAAAAAUAAUGACUGAGGUGCUUUCAUGCCCAUAGAGAGACUGCUCAUUGACUUUAAAUUAUGUACACAACAAAACAUGUCAUUUAGUCUUGUACUGAAUCUUGAUUUUUUUUUUUUUUUACAUUUCAGACAUUGACCCAAGGAAACCACAUUUUCUAAACUGUAUGAUAGUUGAAAUGUUACUUUAGAGGGGACUUAUGUUUUGGUUUGGUGUUGCACCACCUCGAGAAAUAAAAUCCACAUAUUUAGUUGUUAGUUCAAGUUAUCGGGCAGCUAAAAUGUGGGUUCUGGCACGCUUUCUCAAAACAAAGUCUGCAAGUGAUGUUGUAGACAUUUUCGUUUGUUUUAAAUGACCAUAAUAGAUUUCAUGAUUUGUAUCUGUCUUUUGCUGCAUCUUAAAAUCCUGACAUUUCUAAAGCAACUGCACUCAAAACAAGAACAAUGCUUCGACAUCACUUACAGACAUUUUCAGUCGCUUUACGAAAAGAAAGAGUCAAGGCUCAAUAUGAGACUAAAUUACUUCUUAAAUUCCUUUUUUUUUGCUGUGUAAAAAAGGUAACUUUUUGUUAUAUGUCUGCCCUGAGAGCGUAUGGGUAUCUGGGUUCACUUAACUAAAGGCCUAAUCCAAAAAUGUUAAAAGAAGCACUACAUUCCAUCACACUGGAUACAGAUGCAUUCUGGGAAAUUAUGAGCUGCACAAGAAUAUAAUUCUUUGUUUUUUGUUUAUAUUGUGAAAAAAAGGCAACAUUCCCACAUUCUCUUCCAAACUGUCAGUUGCACUUUAAAAACAGCAAUGGGCAUUUCAAUUCAACAACACCGAUGCAUAACGAUUAAUAUAAUCUCAUUUAUUUUCAUGACUUCUUUAACGCCGGCCUCAUUCAGGAACACACUGUACUUAAAUUUGCACUUUCUUGCCAAGGCACGCUGUUCUUAAAGAAGCAGCCAGCAGCGCCCAGUUUAUUUAAGGAAUUAUUUCUAGAGAAAGGAAAUUGUAUUGAUUGCAGUUAUAGCGUAUGUAAAGAAGUGUAAAGUAAGAUAUUUCACAUUUCAGUGGAGAAGUGUUGUAUACGUUUGUUUAUAUGUGAUAUUGUCUAUGAGCACAAUAUUUAACUCCUGUCCAUUAAGUCGUUGGUUUUUGAAUAAAUUUAAUUUAAAAUAUAAAAAAACUUGUUUGAGGUUUUCUUUUUUUCUAUCCUUGUUCG